AUGGCCCCUCCCCGGGCCGAGCGCUGGCUCGCCGUUUCACCUCAGGCAAUGAACUUGCACCGCCGGCUGCGCCGCCUUUUACGGCCACCUGGAGUCCGGCCCAUGUAUGGACCCUGUACAUUCCAGUAUGGUCUGUUGGCCUCCGGGGGCACUCCUUGUCUGGGCAGCAUGGCCAGCGGCUCCUGGACGAGUUUGUACCCGGGCCUGUCUGUCACGGCCCGCCGCUCAUUUGGCAGGGUCCCGCAUUUAGAACUUGAAGCUUUUCCAGAAGUGAUUACAGGUAUGGAAGCUAAAACCCUGGGGCAGAACCCCAGUGCGGGGGACAGCUCCACAGAUCGACCUUCAGGGAAUGUGGCUUGGGGAGACAGUGAGCCUUGGCAGAGCUCUGCCCAGCUUUCACAGGAUGGACAAGACAGUGUUAUAGAGCGGGAGAGGAUAGGAGUCCCCACAGAGCCCGACUCUGCAGACAGCCACGCCUACCCCCCAGCUGCGGUCAUUUAUAUGGUGGACCCAUAAUAUUUCUAUAUUCAAUACUUGAAAUCCAUGAAGUUUUCAGUGUACUGCCAGUGCAGGCGGCCUCUGCCUACACAGAUCCACAUUAAAUCCCUCACAGGCUUUGGGCCUGCAGCCAGCAUUGAGAUGACCCUCAAGAACCCGGAGCAGCCCGACCCAAUCCAGCUUUAUUCCCCUCCCUUUAUAUUGGCCCCAGUCAAGGACAAGCAGACAGAGCCAGGAGAGACUUUUGGUGAGGUGACCCUGAAAUACAAUGUACUCUUUGUGGGCUAGUGUCUGUCUCAUGACCAGCGCUGGCUCUUGGCAUCCUGCACUGACCUCCAUGGGGAAUUACUGGAGACCUGUGUUGUAAACAUUGCUUUACCAAGCAGGUCACGGAAGAGUAAAGUGUCUGCGUGUAAGAUUGGGCUGCAGAAGUUAUGGGAAUGGUGCCUGGGGAUUGUCCAGAUGAUAUCUCUGAUCUGGAGAGUGGUCAUAGGCCGCUUGGGGCGUCUUGGCCAUGGGGAGCUUAAAGACUGGGGUAUCCUCCUUGGAGAAUGUUCGCUACAGACAAUCAGCAAACAGCUCAAAGAUGUGUUCUGGAUGUGUGGGAUCUCCGCCGCAUACACUCCUUCUAUCCUUAGUGCCUGCCUGGUUGCCAUGGAGCCCGAGGGGUCCUUUGUUGUGAUGCCAGAUGCUGUCACAAUGGGCUCUGUGUUUGGUCAAAGCACUGGGCUGAACAUGCAGUCAUCUCAGCUAAACACACCUCAGGAUGCUUCCUGCACCCAUAUCUUGGUGUUCCCAACAUUGUCCACCAUUCAAGUGCCUCCUGCCAACUACCCCAAUGAAGACGGGUUUAGCCCCAAAAAUGAUGAUAUGUUUGUAGACCUUCCAUUCCCAGACGAUAUGGACAAUGACAUUGGCAUCUUAAUGACUGGGAACCUCCAUUCCUCCCCCAACUCGUCCCCAGUUCCCUCCCCAAGCUCUCCCUCUGGAAUCAGUGUGGACUCUCACUUUCAGCACAGUCGGAGUCAGCGCGAGCGACUUCGGUCUCGGGAGGCCCCAGAGGAGCUCAAGCAGCAGCCGCUGGCCCUGGGGUAUUUUGUGUCAACUGCCAAAGUUGAGAACCUCCCGCAGUGGUUUUGGUCAUCGCGUCCCCAGGCCCGGAACCAAUGCCCUCUCUUUCUAAAGGCUUCACUCCAUCACCACAUCUCCAUAGCGCAGACAGAUGAGCUCCUUCCUGCCAGGAACUCCCAGCGGGCUCCACACCCUCUGGACUCCAAGACCACAUCUGAUGUUUUAAGGUUUGUACUGGAGCAGUACAACGCCCUAUCCUGGCUCAUGUGCAAUCCGGCCACCCAGGACCGCACUUCUUGCCUUCCCAUCCGCUUUGUGGUGCUCACGCAGUUGUACAACGCCAUCAUAAACAUGCUCUAACCAGGAAGUGGGUCCCUCUGCCUCAGCUCUCCUGCAGCCUUGGCCAAGGAGCCAGCUCCAGUCUACAGAUGCCCGGCCUUUUCCAGACCACUCCCUACAGCCCUGCACUGUGACGCCUUCUGAGCAGGCACUUGUCAUUCUGCAGUGUUCAUGCCACAGUGACUCCUUGACGUGUUUCAUGAGGACCUGGAA